UUGCCUACCGAUCCCCUUCCCCUCCUUCUCUCCCAUUCCACGGCGACGGCGGCUCUCCCUCCGCCCUGCUGACUGCUCCUCCCACUUCGACGCCGUCCUGGUGGUCUGCCAUCUGCCGCCCCGGCCCCGGCCCAGGCGCCGGGUCUGAGGACGGCGAUGGGCCAGGCCCCGUCGCUGCCUGACGACGUGGUGUCGGACGUCCUCCUCCGCCUGGCGCCGCGCGACAUCGCAGCGUCCCGCCGCGUCUGCAAGUCGUUGCGCCGCGUCGUGGACGGCCACCGGCUGCUGCGCGCGGACCUCCUCCCUCUCUCGCUGGGCGGCAUCUUCCUCAACCACUUCCAACUACGGUCUGCUACGCAGUUCCUUUCCCGCCCCACGACGGCCGCCGCCGUCUCCGGCCGGCUCGACUACACCUUGGAUGCUUGCCAUCCGGACAACCACUUUGUGCCCGCUCCCUACGUGCUUGAUCAUUGCAAUGGUCUCCUCUUGCUCUGUCACUGCGUGGCCAACCCUGCCACGCAGCAGUGGGCACCCCUGCCACCGGACCCGGCCCUGCCACAACCCCCACCUCCAGGCAUGGAUUUUAUCAUACACUCUUACCUCGUGUUUGACCCCAUCCUGUCGCCCAACCAUUUCGACUUGUUCAUAAUGCCCCAAGUUCCUUUCCAACUGGACCCCGACGCCGAAUGUGAGCCAGUUGAAUGGCCACCGUCCGCGUUCAUCCUUUCUGUGUUUUCAUCCAAGAUUGGUUCAUGGGAGAACCGUACAUUUGAUCGGGAAGGGGAAGCUGCAGGGACCAUGCCUGGCAUGGAUCCGGAAAUAAGACGGUCUUGCAAUGAACGUCAGUCUGCCUACUGGAGAGGAUCGCUCUAUAUAUGUUGCUCCAACUGUUUUGUUAUGAGAAUAUCGCUGUCAGACAACAGGUAUCAAGUAAUAAAACUGCCACCGCCAAUAUUUUCCAAACACGGUUCCAGAGAUCGUCAACAGUUUUACCUUGGAAAAUCUACCAAGGGGAUAUAUUGUGCAUCAGUAUUCAGCUUAUAUAGGUCUCUCCUUCACGUUUGGUUCCUUAAUGACCUGAAUGAGUGGGUUUUGGAGCAUGACAUGGAUAUUUUCCCCAUCCUGCCAAACCUUGAUUAUGGCAACCGAUGCGAUGGACCUUGGAUCCUACAACAAUUUGACUACCAUGAACAUUCUGAUGAAGAUGAUUCUGUUGUGGAGGAUAACAGGGAAGCCAUAGUGGAAAAGGAGAAAUCUGAAGCUAUAGUGAAACAAGGGAAAUUUGAGUGGGACUCGGACAAUGAUAAUGUACUUGAACCUGGAGGCAGGUGGGAGACAACCGAUAUAAAUUUCCUUGGAUUCCAUCCUUUCAAAGAGGUUGUUUUGUUAUCUCUGUGGAACAGAGUGCUAGCCUAUCACUGGUCGAGCUCAAAGCUUCAAGAUUUAGGCAAGCUUUUUCCAGAUUUCUAUUUGGAUCGAAGCCACAUUUACUGGCAUACACUGGUGGAAGAGUCUUUCAUGUACACUCCAUGCUGGUUAGGGGAGCUUCCUGGAAAACUAAACUAAUUGGAAGGUGUCAUAGAAGAUUAGAAUGCUUUUGUGGCAAGCUAUUCGAAGAAUGGAACACCUUUUUAGUUGUGCACAAAGAUUGUUUGUUCCCUGAGAAACUAAAUCUAGACAUGCAUAUCUCUGUUUCGAAUUUGCUUA